AAGCACCGCCUUUCGCGACGGCCACGGCCUUUGCGGCUGGGAGACAAGCGUUGACAGUGCUGGCCAGGCUGACUCGGGUCGCGGCCGCGGCGAGUUACAUCGUUUGCCAAUCUGUCCGCGAACGCCGCUGCCCGAGACAGAGCCAGGAUGUUCGGGAUGCUGAGCAGCAGCUUUGAGGAUGAUCCCUUCUUCUCUGAUUCUUUCAUCGCACACCGAGAAAGUAUGCGACAGAUGAUGAGAAGUUUUCCUGAACCUUUUGGAAGAGACAUGCUCAGCAUCUCUGAUAGGAGAGGAAGAGCUCGUAACCGUAUGGGACGUGAGGAUGAAGAAAAUUCCUUGACUGCAAUGAGUUCUCUCGUGCCUUUUGGCAGUUUUGGUGGUAUGCAUACAGAUGUCAACCCUUUUCAGGCAAUGGACCGAAUGAUGUUAAAUAUGCGAAACAGUAUGCAGGAAUUACAAAGAAACUUUGGUCACCUUUCAGUGGAUCCAAAUGGACAUUCAUUUAGUUCUUCCUCCGUGAUGACUUAUUCCAAAGUAGGAGAUGAGCCGCCCAAGGUGUUCCAGGCUUCAACACAGACCCGUCGGGCUCCAGGGGGAAUAAAGGAAACCAGGAAAGCAUUAAGAGAUUCUGACAGUGGACUAGAAAAAAUGGCUGUUGGUCAUCACCUCCAUGACCGAGCUCAUGUCAUUAAAAAGUCAAAGAACAACAAGACUGGAGAUGAAGAGGUCAAUCAAGAGUUCAUCAAUAUGAAUGAAUGUGAUGCUCAUGCUUUUGAUGAUGAGUGGCAAAAUGAGAUUCUGAAGUACCAGCCAAGGGGACAAUGGCGCAAUCUAGAUAACUCUAGGAUGCGAAGUGUUGGUCAUGAGAAUUCAGGAUCCCGAGAACUUAAAAGAAGGGAGAAACAUCAUCAAAAUCCAGCCAUUGAACAUGGAAGAAGAUCAAAUGUUUUUGUGGACAAACUCAACAUCAAAGGAUCACCUGUGAAAAUCAACAAAAAAUAAAUAGCAUUGCAUUUGAUUUCUUUAGUUUUGGUUGUUUUAACAGAGAAAGUAAUGGUGCUGGGUAAUAUAUGUAAGACCAAUCUUUUGUUAUUAAAUCAGUACUGUUCUUAGCAACUUUCUUCUGAAUGUUCUUGAAAGUGCUUGCUUUAUAUUGUCCCUACUUUAGGAAUAAAACUUGAAUCUUCAACAGUG